GCCGGAUUUGGAGAGCGCGGCGCCGGCGGGGCCGCAGGGGGCGGCGCGGCGGAGCCUCCCGUGGCCUCGGACGCUCCUCCUAGCCCGCGGCCGCCGCCCGCCUCCGCCUGCCCCUCCAGCUCCUUCGCCCCGACCCGGCCGGCCGGCCGCCCGCCCGCCACUUCCGGCCGCUCACCUGGGACGCGCUCACCUGGGACGCGCUCACCUGCCUCCGGGCGCCUGGGCAGCAGGAUGAAGGACCGACUGGAGCAGCUGAAGGCCAAGCAGCUGACACAGGAUGAUGAUGCCGACGAGGUCGAGGUUGCCAUUGACAACACGGCUUUCAUGGAUGAGUUCUUUUCUGAGAUCGAGGAGACUCGGCUCAACAUAGACAAGAUCUCAGAGCACGUGGAGGAGGCUAAGAAACUCUACAGUAUCAUCCUGUCCGCACCGAUUCCUGAGCCAAAAACCAAGGACGACCUAGAGCAGCUCACGACCGAGAUCAAGAAAAGAGCUAACAACGUCCGGAACAAACUGAAGAGUAUGGAGAGGCACAUUGAGGAAGAUGACGUGCGGUCGUCGGCAGACCUUCGGAUUCGGAAAUCCCAGCACUCUGUCCUGUCCCGGAAGUUUGUGGAGGUGAUGACCAAAUACAACGAGGCUCAGGUGGACUUCCGUGAACGCAGCAAAGGGCGAAUCCAGCGGCAGCUCGAAAUCACCGGCAAAAAGACCACAGAUGAGGAGUUGGAGGAGAUGUUGGAGAGUGGGAACCCCGCCAUCUUCACUUCUGGGAUCAUCGACUCUCAGAUUUCGAAGCAAGCCCUCAGCGAGAUCGAGGGGCGGCACAAGGACAUCGUGAGGCUGGAGAGCAGCAUCAAGGAGCUUCAUGACAUGUUCGUGGACAUCGCCAUGCUGGUGGAGAAUCAGGGAGAGAUGCUAGAUAACAUAGAGCUGAAUGUCAUGCACACAGUGGACCAUGUGGAGAAGGCACGGGAAGAAACUAAAAGAGCCGUGAAGUACCAGGGUCAGGCCCGGAAGAAAUUGAUAAUUAUCAUUGUGCUAGUAGUUGUGUUGCUGGGCAUUUUAGCGUUGAUUAUUGGACUUUCCGUUGGGCUGAAAUAACGGUGGCCUGAGUGGCUGCUGCACUGAAAUGUUUGUGACUGAGUCUUAAUGUUGCUCUCCACCAUCAUCCUGUGCACUGAUCAGCUCCUCCUUCCCCUGCCUCUCUUAGAACCCGAUUUCACUCCAGCCUGGUGUGGCCACCCUUGUCUUCAGACGGAAAUGGAGUUUGAAUGGCCUUCCUGAGAGAGUGGGACCUGUCCCCUUGUCUCCUUGUAACCGUCCUUGGACCUGACCCAGCAAACAGUUUAGCCCGGAUGAAGCUAAUCUACCUGAUGCGAUCCUGAGUUCUCCUCAAAACCUUCUCCUGCCCCAACUCUGAAGUGCCUUCUCUCCUGGACUGUGCAAACCACCCCAGCUUCUCUUUCUUUCCUCUGAAUGUGUCAAAUUAUGCCUUGCACCUUGGAAAGCCUAUUCAAAACCUUCUCAAGGUGCUGUAUUUUCUACCUCAUGGAGUAUUCUCCCAGAAAUUGCAGUGUAUUUUUUUAGGGGGGCAUCUUUAACAAAGCAAAGGGAUUCUUCCAAGUGUGGCAACAAUAAGACUUGACUUGAGCCUUCCACUUGGCAGGAUCUCAGUCCUUACAAUUUCUUGUCCCCACAUCUUGAAAAUAUGAGGAACUGGCAGAUGUCGUUUUGGUCUUAGAAGCUGACUUAUUUGAAAUUCAAUCUUAAAUUAAGCUCUUAGUAUGUUCAGCUUGGUGACCAAUUUCAAUCUUUAUGUCGUAAUCUCUCGUGUUUACUCAAGGGGGCACCAUGAUGAUCCUAGAUGAUCCACGAUGAGGUUACCAUUUGUAAAGAUUAAGGGUAUGGGAUAUUUGUUUCCCAUAUCGAACUCUUGGAAACUGGCUGUUCUCCAUUGGAGUGAAGCUUUGUGAAGCCAUUGCCUUGAGGCCAGAAAUAACCAGGCACUUAAAAUUGGGCCAGGGACAGGUGCUUGAGUCUCAGGCUCUGGAAAUGAUCAAGACUGGUGCGAAUAUACAGUCACUCAUUUCAUGUAUUCCAGAUGUAUUUUUAUAACCAGGUGUGUGAGAUAUAUAUAUAUACAUAUAUGCCCAUGUCUCUCAGGAAGUAGGAAACUAGAAAUGGAGGAUAUUAUAACCUCAAAAAAAAAAAAAUAACCUUGAGCUAGGCUAAAAAUUAGGUAAGAGACAUUUGCUUAUCUGCAAAUGAAUCAGAGUAGAAAUAUCUUCCCGUGUCAUUUAGAAACCUUGUUUUAUGGAUGAGUACUGGGACGAUCAUGGAUCUCUGGGGUAGGGACUAAGUUGACCCCGUUAAGUUAUUCUGCUUAGCAGACAGAAGGUGUGACAAGUUUUGGUACCUCUUCCCACCAGUGCCUUGAUGAGGCUUGUCCUGAGAAUAUCCCAUAGCAAUCUGAGAUCAUUCAUGUGGCCUUUGGAUGAUCCUGUUGUCAGGGCUGAGUCAGUUGGGGGAGAUCAGGGACUACCGAGUAAUUCGUCCACUACCAGGUUGACAAGCUUGACAGGUUCUUGGUCUCCCCCAGUUCUUGUCAUGGAGGGAAGCAACAGCCAGGUAAUUUUCUAGUGACGGUGCCCCUUAGAUUCCCAGUCCCUGCCAGUCUCCCUGAUUUAUAUUUCAGCCUUGACUUUCUAGGAUAGGGAGAGCACCCUAAUGCAGGCACAGCCCCUUGGCUUCCUCUGCAAAGGCUACUUACUCCGUCAUUGCCCAGCACUCAGACAGAGCCACGGGGAUGCCCUCUUGCCCGUGGCUAUGAAGUCGAACAGCAGACUGGCUCCA